GCGCAGUUCUGUGCAACAUCCACACUGCUGGCAUCAAGAACAGGAAUGUAGAAGCUGGAAUGAUUCAGGUUCUUCGGUGUUUGAUGAGUAUCAGUGUGGACAUAUCGACCAGGAGCUAGAGAGCUCUACACCACCAGAAUAUUCUAGGCCUCUUUCUAGUUGCCCCGACUGGGAAGGUAGAAUUGAAGAAGGCAAGGCAAUGAGGACAUCAAAUAAAAAAAUGACAACUUCUGUUUCAAGUGGUUCUGCUAAUCCAGCUGAAAGGGAGACAGAUGAAGUGGUUCUGAGGAGAAGACAAAAACAGAUCAAUUUUGGAAAGAAUACCCUUGCGUAUGACAGAUACAUUAAAGAAGUUCCGAAGAAUCAGCGAAUACCAGGAGUCCAUCCUAGAACUCCCAACAAAUUUAAGAAGUAUAGCCGUAGGUCCUGGGACCAGCAGAUCAGGCUGUGGAAGAUAGCACUGCAUGCCUGGGAUCCUCCUACUGAAGAAACCUGGGAUCUGCAGCCAGUGUGUGUUAGUACAGAGCCAUCAGGCAGUUCCCAGGAAUGGUUCUGCAAAGAUCAGGACGUUUCUGGCUCCUUUGUGUUUGACGAAAAGCAGAAGAGAAAUGAGUGUGAAGACUAUUACAGACAGACUUACUACAUACCAGAGAGUCCGUGUUCUCCUGAUUCUUCUCCAGUAUGGAAACGCAGAAAAAGAAACAAUUCUGACUCCUCUGUGGUUUCAAAGAGCAAAAACCAUUAUGUGCAUAUGUACCACACACUGGAAAGUCUUACUGAAUCAGGACAUCAGGAGACUUUUUCAAAGUGCUCAGAGUGGGAAGCCUUUGGUGAAAAUGAUGAAGUAAUGACAGUACAACAUGGUAUAGAAAUAACAAGUGACCCGAUUUCAGCCAGUAGUUCUUCAGAAUGGAACAAUCAGAAACAGAAAAAACCCAACUUCUUUCUUCCUGAUGGCAAAACUUGCAGAGAUACAGACUUCAGGCUGGAAAGGCUUAAACUUUGUAGCAGUUUAUUGGAAGGACAUAGGUCAGAAUACCCUGAAAGGGGAUGGGCAAGUGCAAGUACUGAAGAUAGAAUAAUGAGGAAAAAAAUUUAAAUGCCAAGUCUCUGUAUAUAGAAGUAUUGAAGAAGGACAUUCUCCUGUGACAAAACAAUUUGAAGAAUAGGAAUGUAGACUGAGAUCAGCAGAUCAAGUCUUGGAAAACUGGUGCAGUCACGUAGGAUCUGCACUGAAAGAGGAAGAGAUUUACAGUCAGCAUAUGUGCAAUCAACCUAAGGUGAAAUGUGCAGGUUUCUCCAGAUCUUUAAGGAUAGAUUGUUUUCCACAAGCUCUGCCUCAGGUGUAAAACUUCAGAUUUCAUUAAGCCUGUGCUACAGUGAUGAUGGAUGUUCCUUAAAGCUUUUGUGAGACUGUUUCUGCUGUACCUGCAUUGGUAGAUAACGUGCAUCGUGGCAAAGGCUACUUCAGUUGAUGGAUCCUGCUUUUGCCAUUUGAAGAUCAUGCUAUUUAGAGUAUGUUAAUGUUAUGCUGGUGAAUUGGUCCAAUAUUGAGGCAAAUAGAAGAAUGCCUCCCCUGAAACCAAGGAGUUAAACCCUGUGUCCUCUCCUGGACCGGAAUUGUGUAUCCAACCUGAAGAACUGCUUCAAAAGAAUGUAGAUAAUUUCAACCUUUCUCCAGUUGUUAAAGACAAACUGUUCAUAGCUUUUGGAUCGGAUGAUCAUCCAUUUGGCUUACUUAUCAUUCUCUGAGAUAAGAUAUAUUAAGCUAGCAUUGGCCUGAACCUGGCGAGUGAAGGAAGAAAAAGAAAUGGUAGAUGGAUUAUCAAAAUCAUAUCACUCUCUUUAAGGAGAUGGAUGAUUAUUUGAACAGCAGCACAGCCCAAAUACCUGGAUUUUGCUUUUGUGUGUGUUGCAGCCUGACUUAAAGAGCCAAUCUGCUGCUAAGAGUAUAAGAGGAUGAGUUCAGUGCCUGCUGUUCCUACAGGAAUUGGAGGUCAGCAGCAGUAUUGCAGCUUUGGAGCUGCUCUUGGCCAUAUUCAUACUAGGAGUUGUGACAGUAUUGAGAAAGGCUCUGCUUUGUUCUGCUCUUCUAGCACUGUGCUCAGCUCAGAGUGAGGGCUGUGGCUAUGGUGGAGUUUAGCCCAGAUUCAUGUGCCAGUUACAAGAAAUUUUUUGCAGUCCUUGCGGAAUUUUAAUGUAGCAUGUACCAAAUGUCUGUCGGAGCUGGGAAUUGUCUCUUUUCAGGAGUUUGACUUGGCAUUUCACAGGGCCACUGCAGAACUUGGCAGUGCUAGGGAUGACACACAGCAGCCUUGUUGUGGGGCUGGCAGUGUACCCAAGGGCCAAAAGCCCACUGUGCUACUGGUGUGGAAAUAAGCUGCUUCCCCAGAAACUACUCCCUGUCCCUUCCAAAACAUUAUCUCCAGGCACGCUCAGGCAUGGGGUUCAGUAGUGUCCUAGCACAAGGGUGGCUCAGUCACACACCACAGAGCAUGGAAUGUGUGUAUUCAAGGAACACAUCUGUACAGCACUUUUUAAAGAAGUAAUGUUUAGAACCGUGUUGUUCCAGUGUGCAUGCUUUCAUGUGAUUUAUGAUGACUGUAAAUAAGGGAAUGGGUUACAUUUCUGGCACUGUGUCUUUAUGCAGAAGAAUUGAAGACUUCAGAAAUCCCUGUUAGUCUGCUUUUGCUGUUACGUUGUCAUAGUCUCAUUAUAAAAGGAAUAUGUGGGUUUGGUAAUGCUUUGGUUUAGGCUGUUUUGUAUAUUUUGAGGGGGUUUUUAACCCUUGCUAAAAGGGGGAAGAAGGACUCUUCACAGAUAAAAUCAAACUCUUGAAGGGAGUUUACAACUUGGGUUGUGUGCAACCCCUCAGUUUGUAUUCUGACAUCUUGUCAUGAGCUUGUAUUUACUGUCUUGUAACUAGCGGAAGGGAGCAGCUGAAGGCCCAGCACCCACUCUGCCAUGAGAAAGGUGGAAAGGUGUCCUCCUGGAGAGGAUGGAGCUAUUAGGUGUAGGCUGUCAUGAAACAUUUAAGCUCAGCUGUCACAGCCCUUAAGCUUUUACCUGUGAUGGACAGGACCUGCAAUGGAUUUAUGGAUGCAAAUCCAUAGGAUUUAUAAUUCAGCAGUCUUUGAAAGAUCUUUCAUUUCUCAGUUGAAGAUACUUAGACUAGAAUAACCAGUCUGCCUGUAUGUUGUGGUUUAGGCCCAGAGGGCAGCUGAGCACCACACAGCUGUUUGCUCACUCCUUGCCCCCCUUCCUCCCUCCUCAGUGCUGGGAAGAAUAAAAUGAAAUAACAAGGCUCAGGAAUUGAGAUAAGGACAGGGAGAGGCACUUCACCCAUUUACACGGUCACAGGUAAAAACCCAAGAUCACUUUAAUUCACACACUAACAAAACCAACACUUAACAGAAUGGGACAUCGAGAAGUGUUAACAUGUCUUAAAACACCUCCCCCCACCCCUCCCUUAUUCCUGUUUCAGGUUUGUUCCCCAUAUCUCUGCCUCCUUUCCCAGCAGCCCAGGGGAUGGGGGGUGCAGUCAUUCCUCCAAGGUCAUGGAGGAGCCCUCUUCAGUGUUCUUCUCCUGCUCCACAUGGUGCAUCUCACAUCAGACAGUCGUCCACACUCCUCAUAGGCUUCAUUCUUGAGAUGCUCCAGCAUGGGUCACCCCCACGUGUUGCAGUUCUCCCAGCUCCAAACAACAGCAGUGGGGGCUGCUUCUUCCCACAGAAUCCUGGCCUUAGGGUGCAGCUGCCUGCUCUGGUGUGGGGUCUUCCACAGGUGGAUCUCUGCUCCUCCAGUGAUCUGCACCGGCACACCUCCCCCUUUCUUCCUCCUUCCUUCCACUGACCUCAGUGUUCUCAUAGGUGUCCUGGUAACUUGUCCUCAUGGUCCCCCCUUCCCCUCUCAGGUUCCCCUUGUUAAAUACGUUAUCACAGAGGCACGGUCACCUUUGCUAAUUGGGCCUUGGCCUGAGGUGGGUCAGGUCCAACUUGGAGAUGGAGCUUUUGAGAAACUUCUCACAGCAGGCCACCACUGUAGCCCCCUCCCCUGCUACCAAAAAUCUCGUCACUCAAACCCAGCAUACAGUGGCAGUUAAAUUUUGGGCAGAUUUGUUCCCUAAUGCAGGUUCUGUCUGGUAGCAAGAGGAAAGGAGUGAAACUGAGCAGGUGAAGUUUGAGGCCUGCCAAGGUCAUUUCAUGCAGUUCUGCCACUGGAUGUAGAACUAUGGUAAGGUCUUCUGAUUAGUAACAGUAACCUCAUCACUCUAAACGGAGCAGUUGAAUGCAGUCAGUCCAUUCACUUCUUUAUCCAAAGCUAUUUGACAUAAGAGCUUACAACUGAGGUAAGCAAAGCUGAAGUCUGGGACUGCACCCCCGGUUUGUAUUUGAUGGCCUUCUAUUAAUUUUACAUAUUGUACUAAAUCUGCUUUGCAUAAAUCUGUGCUCGGUUUGUAAUUAAGCCAAAAUGAACUCUGAACUUCACCAGCCAGGUUUAAAUUUCUUCCAAGUGACAUCUGUCUUGUGUUGGCAUGCUUCCACUGGGAGAGUCUCCUUACAGAUGAUACCUUAUCUGUGCUUGUAGAAACAGUCCUUCACUAGCAGUUCUGAAAUGCCAUUGGUUAUGUGUACUUUGUUUUGGUUUUAAAACUGCUCUUUUGAGGUCACAGCAAUGAGGCUAUAUCCUCCCCUUAAAAUUCCCACUGUGGUGCAAAAGUGUUUUUCUGAAGGAUUUUCUUUGACAAGGACAGAAAGAUGCAAGGCAGCUAUAAUCCCUCAACUGUGUUACAGCAGAUAGUUCUGCUGGAUAAACUGAAUUUAACUCGCACAUAAUGUUAUGCUAAACAUACUGUGUGGCUUUUGGCUGGAACUGUCCUUUAUCUGGCUUGCUUGGAUGCAUUCAGCUAAACAUGCUGUUCAAGUCAUCUUAUCUCAGAGCAAGGCUGGAGGAAAUGGAGUUUGUACGUGUUUUGAACCGAUGAUGUACUCCAAACAUGUCCUUGGUUCAGGAACGCAGUUCUGUUUUUCCAUAGCAGUGUGUGGGAAGGGAGAGGUGCUAGCAUAACAAACAUUCCUGCAGGAGCAUGGAGCAGAUGACACACAGAAGAUGCAUGAGUUUGUACAGUUACGGUAAGGCCAGACAAAGGGAGGAACUUGAAGGUAAAUCCCUUACACUGUACUAUUUUCAGAUCUUAGUGUUUUGGGGAGUGUAGAGACAGCCUGAUGGUUACCACCAAAGGCAGGCACUUUGGAGACAUCCUACAACACAGAUCUCUGAGGAGAAAAGUACAGCACCUGUGUACAACCUUUGAGGAAAAAACAAUGAUGGAAAGUGAACACGAUUCUCUCUUACCUCUUCUCAAAAUACUACUGAUUUCAGGCAGGAGCAACUAGGUAUGUAGGCAUUCCACCCAAAAAGCAUUAUUAAACAUCUAAAGCACCAUUUCCAAAUACAUAGUUAGCAGGAGCCUUUGAGAUAGAAACACAGUGAGAAUGCAAAUGCAGUCUGUAGAAGUGAAACAUUCUAAUGCAGUACAUUCACAAAUGGGGGAGAAGUUAAGCAAAGUAAUGUGGAAAAAAAAAUCAGUAGAAAGUAAGCCAGCUGCUGAGAUUUUGAACUGUUUAAUUUCUAAAAGCCAUGGCAAAUUAUUGUUUUAAGACUCUUGGUCUGGCCUGGUCUGGUUCCCAAGGCAGGCUUGCAGGGAGCAGUUUUCCUUCCCCAAAUGAAGCUGUUAGUUUUGCUUGGAAGUUCAUGUACAUGUGUGUGGUUUUCAUCCAUCUGUUGCCUGGCACAGCUUUGGAAGAAAAAAAAAAAAAAAAUCAGCCAAGCGGUUGAAUAGUAUUUGUGACUUUUUGGAAAAAACAGCAUGAAUUUCUCAGACUUCUAACAAGACAAUGUGCAAUGAGCUCCCAAUUCACCAUGAAGAGGAUCUUCAACACAUCUGAGCAAUCCUGAGCCUCACUGAGCAGGUGCUUCCUCUUGGCCUUCAAGACCCCAUACAUAAUACUGCAGUGAUCUCUGAUAGAAGAAAAUUCAGCAGUUUUUACUGAGCUUAUCUGGGACCCUUAUCUGAGCGCUACCUUCUUAUCCUUGCUCUUACUCUGAGAGUUACAGCAGCUGUAGAUACUGUGCCUGUAUGGUUUUGUAUAGGCUUGAAGAAAGCCCCUUUUGAUAUCUGCAAACUGAAAAGUGGGUGAGAAGGGCUGUCUGGUUAUUUACCACACUUCAACUGGGAUGUUUCUGUAGGCCAUUCUGUUCAACUCUCCAAAAAAGAUUAAUCAGGCAAUAGGAAGAAACAGAUGUGUUCCUGGAAGAUUUGAGUCUUGAGACCUGGAAUUAAUGGGAGCAUCUGGUGAAUAAGAGGCAGAAAGACAAAGAUAUGUAUUAAAUAUUGCAUGUGCUGUUCCUCUGACAACUGUCUUAGUUACUUUAAAUAAUAAGGAUCCAAAGCAACACAUUGUUUCAGCUACUUUUAUGCUGUUCAGCCAAUUCCUUUUUUCCAAGCACAGGAAGGUGUAUGCUGCCACCCGCUGUGCCUGCUGACUGCCCUUUCUACUCAAUUUGUGGACAACAGAAGCUCCAAUUCUAUGCAAAUUCUGAAUGGAAACACAAGUCAGAGCAGCAGGCAUCUUUCAUUUCUGUAAAUAGUUACAUGAGAAAGUUGUAGUUUGUGAAACCAUGCUUCGUUUCUACAGCAAAGAUGCAAAUUCCCCUCUCAGCAUAACCUUCAACCUUGCUAUGCAUGAAGUAUCUUCAUAAAAAGAAUCAAAAUAAGACACCACCUGUCAAUAUGUCUCUCCAAAACUGUUGUUGGACUUUGGUAGCUGCUUUUGUGUUAAGUUGCUCAAAGUAAAAAACAAACAAACAAAAAAAAAAACACACAAAAAUUAAAAAAAACUUGUUUGCUGUUUCUGACAUCCAUUAAACACGUUUCAUUGCUGAUCUUUCAAGUGUUAGUCAAAUGCAGACUGACAUAAUAAUAAAUAUGAGGUUCACUUCACCCAUAAUAUCAGGUUCAUUAGAAGACAUUUUUAUGUUCUUUAAUCUGUCAAAUACCUACUCCAGGGCUGCUUUGCACCUGCUUAGCUGACAGUUAAAUUUUCCCUUACUGCUCUUUAGUUGUCUGGUCUUUGAGCCAGAGAGCAGAGAUUCUUGAGAACUGCAGUGGUUGUUGCAACCUUACUAAGCAAAUACACAGAGGAAAAAAGAAUAAAAAACUAAUUGCAGCUUUUCAAAUAGUCUCAUAUCCCUAAAUACUAUAGAAGUAUUUCGGACUAAGGCCCCAUCUGCAGUAGGUUUACUGGUGAAACCUGCAGAAUUUUUGGUAUUGUUUUCAGAGCUCAGUAAUGUAUUUACACUGACUGUGCAUUUACCUUGUAUGAGCUAGAUCUGGUAUGAAAGAAUAACUGCAUUUCUGUCAAGUAACCAAAGCCAAGGUUUGCUGGCUUUCUGCUACCUGUGAGAAAGGUGAGGCUGAUCCAGAGAUGAAAACCAUGUAUGAUCCAGAAGUUUUAAGUUUAAAAUUCUGUUUUCUGUAUCCCGAUACCAUAAUUCUGCUCUGGUUUUCUGAACUUUUGUUACCAUAGCUGUUGUACAGUAGUAAUUUUUUUUUUUUUUUUUUUUUUUUUUUUUAGAAGAGGCAAUGAACAUAUGGAUAGUGAAAAGAAGUUAAUUGUGGGCUGCAGGCAGUAAUCAAGUAGCCGAAAUUAGGAGGCCAUCUGGGCCAGUGCAACAGAUUAUUUCAGUUCAUAACACAGGUGAGAUGUGAUUAGAAGAAACUGCAUUAUUAGAAUCAAUGCUAAAUUGUGACAGCUUCUAUGGCAAGUGAGAGCUACUAUGGCCAUAGGUGACAAUAGCUCUUACAAAGCCUGUAAUUCUUCAGAGCUUACCUUUUUAUAGCAGAAAAUUUAUGACCAGAAAGUAUAGGAUGAAUGAGUAUUACCUAAGUGUGCUGGGAAGAAAUGGACUUAAUUAAAUCAGCUGGGGCUUUUUAUUAGAGGAGAAAAGGAUGACUAUCCAGACUGUGAGCUUUCUCCUCUUGCAUGUUGCUCCUGUGAACUGAAGCAGGAGGCACUUUUUUGUCAUUUUUAGGGUUUCAGUUGAGAUGUCAUGAUAGGGAUUGUAGUAUGCUGAAAACACAGUUUCCUGUAGAGCUGCAUCAGAACAUGCAGACUGCAUCUGAACAAGCAGAAAUAUAAUACAUAAUUAAAUACUCUGCAUGGUAACUGCAUAUCUUAGAAACUGAAUUCUA